AAUAACACCAUUGAAUAACGUUUCACUCAACGAUAACACUCAGUGUUUCCGAGUUCCUCCCGAAAUGAAAAACAUUACUGCAGUAGCUAAAGCGAUGGAGCAUUUCUCUGAAAUAAGUGAGAAAAAUUCCAAUGUGCAGUUAAUUAUGCACGUGGUGAUUACAAUUGCGUUUAUUAUCGGGGCGCUCGCAAAUCUAACUGUUUUAUGGAUUUUACAUAAAUCAUCAAAGGUGCGAAAUAGUAAACAUAUUCUUAUGUUACGAUGUUUGGCUUCAAAUGAUAUCAUUGCCCAAUGUGGUAUGCUGCUGAUGCUGUAUUUGAAUAAAUACGACGUUUUACCUACGCACUGGAGAUGCGCUUUAUUUGUGUGCCUUCGAGGUUUUGGAAUUGGUUCUGGGUGCGUUGCUUUGGUUAUGGCUGUCGAACGAUGGUUGGCCCUUACAAAACCAUUCCUAUACCAAGCGUUUGUUACUCACAGUGUGGUUAAACGAUGUAUUUUUCUGCUUUGGGGUGGAGCAAUUAUCGUAACCUAUUUUCCAUUGUUUGGAUUUGGUCAGUAUUACAAUAAUGGAAAAUGUAGCAGAUAUCGAGAAGCGAUGCUGUGUAAGGAUGUUAUUUACGCCUUCAUCUUUUUUACGUUUGGCACAUCAAUUAUACUGGGUAUAGUUUGUUGCAACGUGCGAAUUCUGUACGAAUUAUGGAAAAUUCGAAACACCCAGCGACCACUAGUUCGGAGAUGCAGCAAACCUGAAGUGACUACGAGAUAUUCAACUGAGGAGGAAGUUUCAUUUGCAAAACUUAUGGCCGCUCUGUGUAUCGUUUUCAUUACCUGCUGGAUGCCUCAAAUGAUAUCAAUUCCUUUGGCCCAGUUUUGGAAGGAAUCUCGUCUAUAUAAGGUUUUGGGAAAGAUUUCCGAUCCACUGCUGGUAGUGUAUUUCGCGUUAGAUCCGUAUGUUUAUGUGCUUCAGCGUUAUACAAGAGGAAACCCUUGCAAGAUGUUUCUUCGAAGUUCCAGAAGCAGUAGUGGUAGUCGAUCUAUAAGUAUUAAUGGCGCCACGCAGACAUCAAGCAUACACUUGCAAAGCUUAACACCUAUUUUGAGAGAAAAAGUAUAGAAAAAAUGUGCAGUGUCGUAGGUAUCCGUAAUUAAGCUAGCAAUUACUCACUUGAAGAUUAUACGUGAAUUUUUACAUUGGUUCAUAUAUGUAUUUGUAACCACUACAAUAUUAUUGAAAAUUAAAGUGAGAAAUUC